AUGGGGAGGCAAAACAUUGAGUUUAAGAAUUCUGAUGGUGUUACGUUGAGAGGCUGGUUUUACACUCCUGGAAAUGCUGGCUCCGGCAAGUUACCGACAUUGGUCAUGGCUCACGGCUUCACCGCAUUGAAGGAGAUGACUCUGGACUUCUACGCGGAGAAGUUUACUUCUGCGCUGGCAAUCAACUGUCUGGUUUAUGAUCACCGCGGAUUUGGCGAGAGUGAUCACGUACCAGGCCAGCCUCGAGGCGAGAUCGUUCCUAUGCUACAAAUCUCGGAUUACUCAGAUGCCAUCACGUACGCCUCGACGAGACCCGAGGUCGAUGCAGACAAAAUAGGGGUUUGGGGAACAUCAUAUUCUGGCGGCCAUGUCUUAGUUGUUGCUGCUGUUGAUCGAAGAGUCAAGGUGGUCCUCAGCCAAGGACCUUGUGUCAGCGGAUGGGACAAUUUUCAUCGUUUGGUCCGUCCAGAUCUGGUACCAGAACUUGAAAAACUGUUCUCAGCAGAUCGUUUUGCGAGACUGGAGGGUAAGGAGGCUGGCUACCUACCAAUCGUACAUGAGGAACCGUUCGGUGUUUGCGCUCUGAAUGGGAAGGAUGUCUACGAUUUCUUCAUGGAAUGGGAAAGAAAAUCGACAUGGAAGAACCAAGUGACCAUCCGAACGAUGGAGUUAUUCCGCGGCUAUGAGCCGCAACAACUGAUUGAGAAGAUCUCACCGACACCACUGUUGAUGACGGUUCCGACAAGGGACACCUUAACACCUCCAGAUCUCUCGCUUGCCGCAUACGCCAGAGCGAAAGAGCCGAAAGAAUUGAAUUUACUGCCUGGAGGGCAUUUCGAUUCGUAUGCGGGCGAGACGAUGGAAAACAAUGUCCUGACGCAGAUUAACUUUCUGAAAAAGUGGUUCACCAGCUAA